GCGACGUUUCUGCACAAAGCUUACAUAGUUACCUCCAGAAAUCCAAAUACAAAUCCGCCGGCGAAGUCUAACUGUCUAAGCAAACGAGUGAGAGAGAGAGAGAGAGAACGAAGGAGAAGCAAAAGAAAGAAAAAAGGAUGCAGUGGCACGCCGGACUUCUCAUCGGAAAAGGUGUCUCCGGUUCAUUCCUCGUUACAAUCAUCGUCUUCUUCAUCUUUCUAAUUUCCACCGCCGAAUCCAGUAACAAGUCUCAGGUUGGAUGCAGUAGAACGUGUAUUGCGGAAAACUGUAACUCGAUUGGAAUUAAAUAUGGGAAGUAUUGUGGAGUAGGCUGGACUGGAUGUCCAGGGGAGAAACCUUGCGAUGAUCUUGAUGCCUGUUGCGAAAUUCACGAUGAAUGUGUAGAGAAAGCUGGUUUGACAAAUGUCCAAUGCCAUGAGAAGUUCAAGAAGUGCAUACAGAAAGUACAGAAGUCAGGAAAGGCAGGAUUUUCUAGAGACUGUCCUUAUGAUACAGCCGUGCCAACAAUGGUACAAGGUAUGGACAUGGCCAUUUUGUUUAGUCAGUUGAACAACGUAAAGACUGAACUUUGAUUAGCUUUCUUGGGUAGAUAUACCAGUUAUUCUUUUGUUUCAAGAUCAUGUUUGAUGACUUGAAUAUAAAUUCUUAUGGAGAUUUUGUACAAUUUAGGGUUUUUUAAAAACUUUCAUUGUCAAUCUCCUUCUCUAGAAACAUUAUUUGUUUUUUUUUGGGUCUAAAUUUCUCUUCUUAUUUUGGGACAAUAGUUUGAUUUGAGUGUAGAAGAUUAUCUUUUAUUUCA